AUGUGUGAUUCAAUUGAUGGGCAACGCGCGGGAUCCGCACCAUUCUUAUUAAAAGAGCCUUUGGACGCAAUCUGUUCUGCAUCUAUUGUUUAUUUGACGAUGGAUAACAACACAUUAGGUGCAUAUAAUGAUGUUAAAGAUUUAGCAGAACAAGCAAGAAAAAGUAGCGAAGAUUUUACCACAGAGCGAUGUGUUCAGGAAUUAAUUUCUCAAGAUGUCGAGGGUUUCUGCUCCCCCCUGGCUAUGGAGAACGGAUAUAAGAGCAUUGUGGGCUUAAAGAAGAUGAAGGCGUUGAAGAAAGCAAAAGAAUUGGUCAUUGACAAUGCUCAAGAGGAGAUAGAACAGAAUUUGAGAGCAUUGCAAUCAAAACUUGGUGCUUCACAAGAAUCAAACUCAGAUGCAUCUCUCUAUAGUGCUCUCAAGAAAGGCCUGGAUAAUAUCGAUCCUCUUAGUCUUAAAUGGAAGGAUCCAUUAGCAAGUAUGGUUCUUAGUAAUGAUUCAACUUUAGUAGAGAAUUUGAAACCAAGACAGAAACGCACAUUUUUGGCACCGGGCGAGAACAUGAAAUGUGAUAUCCCCGCAUCUGUUAACAACAAAUGUGAACAUUUUAUAAAUAAUUUUAAUAUGCUUGAAGUUUCAGAUGAGAUUAGAGGUGUCACACAUAAUUUAUCAUGGGUAGAAAAUGAGAAUAAGCUGGAAAAAAGAGUGGAACAUAUAUAUUGA